AGUGAACAGGCACCCGAAGCUCCCUCCUCCACGCGAUUCAGCAAUGCCAUCAGGGAGUUCCAGUGGGUGUCCCAGCUGCCCAUCAGUGGCGUGCUGGACCCUGCCACCCUCCACCAGAUGACACUGCCCCGCUGUGGGGUUGCAGAUACUGACAGCCAGGCAGCCCGGACUGAGAAGGUCAGUGCCCUGUUCGCUGGACGCCGGGCCAAAAUGAGGCGUAAGAAACGCUUUGCAAAGCGAGGCAACAAGUGGUACAAGCAACACCUCUCCUACCGCCUGGUGAACUGGCCCCAGCACCUGCCCGAGCCUGCAGUUCGGGGGGCCGUGCGUGCCGCCUUCCAGCUGUGGAGCAACGUCUCGGCGCUGGAGUUCUGGGAGGCCCCAGCCACAGGCCCGGCCGACAUCCGCCUCACCUUCUUCCAAGGGGACCACAAUGACGGGCUGAGCAACGCCUUCGACGGCCCAGGUGCUGGCAGCCUCUCUCUCACAUGGCAGGAGGGGGACCCCCCGCUAGGAGAGGCCGCCUGUCGGGGGCAAUGGAGCAUUCGCUCUCCCUGUGGCCUUGCCCAAGCUGCAUCGCCCUCCAAAGAGCCCUCAGGCUCCUCAUCUAUCACAUGGGAACAGGACCUGCCCGAUUUUGUGCCAUGUGGCUGUUGGGAUGGUCAGAUGAGGUUCUGCAGGGAAGGUGCCUUGCAAACUCUAAAGAGCAUUAUCCUUUCGGGGAGAACCUUCUGGAAGCCGCAGGGGGGCUCUGUGACUACCCAGCUCCCAGGAAAGCUAUUCACUGACUUCGAGGCCUGGGACCCCCACAGAUCCCAGGGAAGGCGCCCCGAAACCCAAGGUCCUAAAUAUUGCCACUCUUCCUUUGAUGCCAUCACUGUAGACAGGCAGCAGCGACUGUACAUUUUUCAAGGGAGCCACUUCUGGGAGGUGGGGGCUGAUGGCAAUGUCUCAGAGCCCCACCCGCUGCAGGAAAGGUGGGCCGGGCUGCCCCCCAACAUUGAGGCUGCCGCAGUGUCACUGGAGAAUGGAGACUUCUACUUCUUCAAAGGGAGCCGGUGCUGGAGGUUUCGGGGCCCCAAGCCAGUGUGGGGUUCUCUACAGCUGUGCCGGGCAGGAGGCCUGCCUCGCCACCCGGACGCAGCCCUCUUCUUUCCUCCUCUGAGCCGCCUCGUCCUCUUCAAGGGUGCCCGCUACUAUGUGCUGGCCCCAGGGGGGCUGCAGGUGGAACCCUACUACCCCCGAGGCCUGCAGGACUGGGGUGGUGUCCCUGAAGAGGUCAGCGGUGCCCUGCCCCAGCCAGACGGCUCCGUCAUAUUCUUCAGGGAUGACCGCUACUGGCACCUGGACCAGACCAAACUGCGGGUGACUGCCUCGGGCCGCUGGGCCACAGAGCUGCCCUGGAUGGGCUGCUGGCAUGUGAACUCGGGGGGCGCCCUGUUCUGAAGGCACCCCCACCUCAUAGUGAACUUUGGGUGCUCUCAUGGCCAACGUGUGUCCCCUGCCCCAGGGGCAGAGCCUGUCUUGGAAGCCUCUGAGCCCCCCUGCAGAAGACACAGCAGAGAAGCUGGUUGGCGUUUGUUCCCUGGAGAGUGUGGCACUCAUUGUCUGGGCGCUGUUCCCCAGGACAUGGAAGUGGGGCCGGGAUCAACCCCAGGAGAAGCCAAAAAGGAUCCCAGACUCCACAGCCUCUUCCCCAAGGACUCUCUCUUCCCUCGGGCCUGGGGAUUUUGUUUUUUCUGCUAAAGGUGCAGGUCCUGCCUAUGAGGCAGCAGCACUGGGCAACCAGGGCGGAUGGACC